CUAAUUUUAGAGAAGCAAACAGUAAGAAAGACAGCAAAAUGGCGUGGUUAAUCCCUCUCACCCUCCUGUGGACGCUCACAGUCCAAGUCCUCGCCUUCAAUCGUUCCUCUUUCCUUCCCAUCCCGGAUAAACCCCGCACAUUCAUUCUGUCUGACAUUUCCAAUGAACCCGAUGAUCAGGAGUCUCUGACCAGAUAUCUUCUCUAUGCGAACCAGUUUCAGACGGAGGGUAUCGUGGCUGUCACGUCUACCUGGCUCCGAGAUGCAGUUCAUCCCGAGGAUAUGUUGACUGUUAUCAACGCGUAUGGAAAUGUCACGGAGAAUCUGAAUCGGCAUACACCGCUUGACUCGCCAUAUCCGUCUGGUGAUCAUAUUCGGAGUUUGCUGAGGAAGGGGGCGGAGACCUACGGAAUGAAAGAAGUAGGAAAGAACAUCACCCUCAGCGAGGGCGGAAAACUCCUCCUCGAACGCAUCCAAGCACCCUCCAGUCAGCCUCUCUGGGUUCUCGCGUGGGGCGGCACAAACGUCCUCGCGCAGGUGUUGUAUAAGAUUGAACAUUCUUUCUCGUCUUCUGAAGCUGCUGCUCUACGGUCCAAGAUUAGAGUGUACGCUAUCUCCGACCAAGAUGACACCGGUGCAUGGAUUCGUCAACAGUGGCCUGAUAUCUUCUACAUUGCGUCCACGCAUGGCUGGAACCAGUACGGUCUUGCGACCUGGAUUGGCGUCUCCGGCGAGGACUACUACGGUGAAGAUAAAGGAGGCCCGGACUCAUCCAAGGUGACGCACGAAUGGCUGCGCAAGAACAUCCGCGUCGGGCCAUAUGGCAAUGUCGCUUAUCCUGAUUUCCAGUAUACCAUGGAAGGGGGCACGCCUACUUUUCUGUAUCUGAUUCAGAAUGGGCUGGGUGUAUCCGAACACCCGGAUUACGGAUCGUGGGGAGGCCGAUAUAUGAAAGUCAACCCGUCUGAGAUUCUCAACUUCAACCACUACGCCGACGCGGCGGAUCGCGUUGUCGGGAGGAAUAAUGGCACGUUCAUCUCGAAUCUGGCGACGAUCUGGCGAUGGAGAGAUGCGUUCCAGAAUGACUUUGCGGCGCGCAUGCAGUGGUCUCUUCCAGCCAACACCAGCAGGGCAAACCACCAUCCUGUCAUUUCCAUCAAUGGGAGUGCGGAAAUCGCUCCGAUGAACAUUACUGUACUUGCUGGAUCAACGCUCACCCUGGAUGCCACGAGUACGACAGAUCCAGACGGUGAUAAGCUCACCUUCAACUGGUUCCAGUAUCGCGAGCCUGGAUCGAAUGAUUGGAACGUCAACGGCCAAGUCCCGCAGUUGAACAUUACCAAUUCCAAGGGUGGAAAGGUAAAAGUCGCCAUUCCCGAAGAGGAGGAUAGCUGUAAUGGAAAGGGAGAUAACCCGUCUGGCUGCUGGUUGCUGCAUUUGAUUCUUGAAGUCACGGAUAAUGGAUAUCAUCCGUUGACGAGCUAUAGGAGGGUGUUGAUUCAGACGUCCAACAGUACUGUAUCUUAG